UGGUGGUGUGAGGACAUUGUUGUUGUUGUUGGGGCAGCGGCCGCCAGGUGACAGUGUGGCUCCAGGUGGGUCUGGCUCCUGUUGUUGGUGGUGCAGCUCUCCUCCCUCGCCUGCCGCACCGCUCACGCCUCCUUCCCCUCUCUCGCUAAGCCGCCAGAGACCGGGAAAGAGUUGUGAGAGGCGAGGAUGGCGUCCCGAGACGGGCCUAUGGUGGCUGGGACGGACGGCUCCGACUUCGUCCACAGGGAGACGGUAGCAACACAUUACCAGAUUAGCUGGCCUCCAAAGAAGAGAAUUUCCGAAGUUGCAUUGAACAAAGGACGGCUACGAAAAUGUGUGUUCUCGCAUCUCUUGCUGGCACUCCUCAUGGUGGUCAAGAUGGUUCCUGAUUUCCUCGAUAGACUUGAUAUUUUCAUUCUUGAAAUCGAAGAAUUAGAAGUUCCGCAACCACUGAAAUGGGAGUACAUCUGGUUGGUGGGAUCCUUGGCCAACUUCCUGGGUCUCACAGCAAUUCGAAAAAAUAGGGUGUUACUUUUGCAGAUAUAUUUUGGCCUUAUCAAUCUCCUCUCAACUGUGCCAAUUCUUUUGGCAGCAAUGAUUUACUUCAAAGAGUUUUUAGAGUAUUGUACCGAAGAUGAUCCAGAAGGGCUACAGCUAUGGCAGGGCUAUCCAGUGUGUGUUCUGUGGUACUGCUUUAUCAUGGUAUCCAUGCAGGUUCACAUCUUCACCCUGAUCUUUGCUUGGAAGCUCAUCCUGGCGUGGAAGAACCGAGGAACGUCCAAAAAGACGCAGUGAUGAAAGGCAGAAGUUGCCGCGUAUACCACGUUCAAGCAUGGUGUCAAAUGUUUAUCGUUUUAUGAUAGAGAUUGUGAAGGGCUUUUGACAAUAUCUUUUCCUUUUCUACUCAGUGUUUUAUAUAACUGUUAGUCCAUCUCAGUAUUAAUUUGUUAAAAUGAAAGAAAAGAAUUUUAUCGUUAAUAAAUGAUGAAUUUUUUUUACUGUUAUAUAUUUGCAUAAGGGAACCACUCGCUAUUUUCCUCAUUCUUGACAGCACUGCCAAACUAUUAUUGUUCCUUUUUAUAUGUGUUCCUGGUUUUGCUAGUACAUAUAAUUAAAGUAACUGAAGAUGUUA